CGACAUCCUAUAUCCCGCAACAUCGCAGCCCUUGCCGUCCUCUCGAACUUGCAAGACGUGCGACUGUGUUCGGCCCGACAACCCCAGAGCAUGCUGAACACACACAAGCACGCACACUACAAUGGGCAUUCGAGGCAUGCUAUCGCAGAACACCGCCGCCCCGGGAUGUGGAACGGCGCCCGCACUCGAAGUCGGUGACACUUUUGACGGUCUGCCGGUCUCCAGGCAGACGCGCAAGCUGCUUUCAACGCCUGAGGGCCAGGCGGCAUGGCGGAAGCCGUACGUGCCCAACAGCGAUGCGGAGCGGAGACUCGUACGUAAGAUUGACCUGAGGCUCAUGCCCAUCCUGUGGCUGAUGUACGUCCUAAACUAUAUCGACCGAACAAAUAUCGGAAACGCAAAAGUCGGUGGAAUGCAGCAGGACCUCAACCUAAACUCAACCGGAUACUCGCUAGGCCUCCUGAUUUUCUUCGUGGGAUACCUGCUUUUCGAGAUUCCGUCCAACAUGAUCUUGUCGAGGACCCGUCCAUCGCUCUUCUUGCCCGCCAUCAUGCUUAUCUGGGGCUGUCUCACCGUCGCAUUCCGUGGUGUGCACAACCUUGGCAGCCUCGUUGGCCUUCGUUUUGCGCUUGGUAUCGUUGAGUCUGGUUUCUUUCCCGGUGUUCUCUUCGUCUUGUCUUCGUGGUACAAGCCCAGCGAAACGGCCAAAAGAUUUGCCAUCUUCUACUCAGCAUCCAUCCUGAGUGGGGCAUUCGGCGGUCUUCUGGCUGGAGGUCUCAUUAAUGGAUUGCAAGGCUUGGCCGGCGUGGCAGGGUGGCACUGGCUGUUCAUCAUCGAAGGUGUUUGCACCAUUUUCGUCGCUCUGUGCGCCUUCUUCAUCCUCCCAGACUACCCGAGCGACACCAAGUUCCUGACAAUCGAAGAAAGGGCUCUUGCAACCAAAAGGAUACUGAGCGAUGCCGCUCGUACGGGCCAUGUCGACCGGGACAUCACGCACAAGAAAGCCUUCUUCAUGGCUGUCGCUGACUGGAAAACUUGGGCGUUGACGGUCGCAUACAUGGGCAUUGCGGGAGCUGGAACCAUCUCCUACUUUAUCCCCACCAUCGUCUCCCAGAUCGGUUACAAAGGGACCGAUGCACAGCUGUACUCUUCCAUCCCUUACGCCGUCGCGUUCGUGUUUAGCGUGACGUUCAACUUUUCUUCGGAUUACUUCCGCGACAAGGCUUUCCACGCCACUGCAUUCAUAUCCCUUGCGGGCCUCAUGUGCAUUGUGCAAGCGUCAAUCAUUCCACCCAAAGCAAGCUUUGCAGUCUUGUGCUUUGUCGCUGCCGGUAUCUGGACAGCCCUUCCUGUGUUCCUCUCGUUCGCAACGCUUAUUAUUCGGAGCCCACCAGAGAAGAGAGCAGUGGCGAUUGCGAUCAUUAACUCGUUGGGCAACUUUUCUUCCGUCUAUGGGUCAUUCCUUUGGCCAGACCGCACCAAGCCACACUACGUGAUGGGCUGGUCCGUUAGCGCCGCAUUCUGCUUCAUGUCGGCUGUGAUCAUUAUCUUGAUGCGCUGGCGCGAGGGUCCAAUGCAAAUCGCCAACGAUGCAGAUGCUGCGAACGUUGUCAAAGAGCAGCUGCAAGAGCAAGGUCAGCAGGAUUGCAGCAUCACGUCUGAGUUGGACCGGCAAAAGUUCGACAGUCUCAGCAAAGCGCCCCACGAUGGCAUCCGGACUACGACACAUGACGCUUAAAGGGCUGCAGGGCGUGCUUCUUGGUGCCGCAUCUGAAGCGUGGCAGCAUCCCGAUGAAACAUCGUAUAUGUAACAUAUAUCAUAGGCGUCAACAGAUUUAUCGAGCUCCGAAGUCCGA